CCCACGUAAAUCUUAAGACUCAACGGUCAAAACAGAAAAUAACUGGAGUUGUUUUUAAAUAAAAUAACGGGUUAUUUUCCGUUCCAAUAUACAACGUUUUGCUGAAGUCUAAACUAACCAACGCGAUGCAUGAAGUACUGUACAAUCAUGAAGUACUGUCUUACUACAAGUUACCGUUUUUGAUUUGACAGUAGAUUAUUAUCGCUCCUUAAAAAAGGCCUACGAUAUACGGUGCGAUAUACGGUAGGCUCCUAAACGUCACAACGGAGUACCCUUACCGGACCGUCAUACGAUAAGUGUGACGGUAAGUGAUGAUCCUAUCGUUAUUCUGGUGUGGGCGUACCGUUGCUUUCUGCGAAGUAGCAACCGCCACCUUUGGCAUGUACUUGGAUAUCAGUUCCGCUCGAAUUCUUGAAUUCUGAUUGGUUGUUCGUAUCUCUUUAUGCUUUUUGCUGAUUAAAAAACUGCAUGCAGCAAGAAAAAAGGGAAAGUUUUUUAUCUCUUUUGGAUAUUUUUGAGGUUUUUUGCAGUUUACUGUAAGUGUAGUCACGUUCUUUUGUUACUGGAAAUGGAGGCUCCGACACCACCAACGUCUGAAGCAGGCCUUGAUAUUCCUAAUGUUCGAGUGCUAAAAUGUCGAUUUAACGCCACUUCUGAUCUCGUUCUCCUGGACCUCGUCAAGCAUUACAAUCCCUAUGUCGCGGACAAUAAAAGUGCUGCUUGGAAAGAUAUCGUGAGAGCUUUGAAUGACACUAAGAUUUUUGUGAAACCUGUGACGGAAAGAGCUGCUAAGGAUCGGCUUGCAAAUUUGGUCACCUGGUUCAAAGCAGAAGAUUUGCGAAAUAAAAGCCGCAGUGGUACCGAGGAGCAAUAUGGACGCAUGGAAAUCUUCCUCACCGAGAUAUGUGAACUUAUAAAGGGAUCCGAGGAUGCGGAGGCGGAGAAGAAACGCGCAGCUACUCAAGCACAGAAAGAGCGCCAAGAAAUCUACAACAUUAUGAAAACUGCUGGCGAACACGGCCGCAAAAUUCCAAACGAUGAGGAAGACCACCUGAAUUUGGCAACAUCAGCGGCUUCUUCGCGGGAUUUAAACAAGGAGGAAUGGAUGCAGGAGACGGGCUGUGACGAGCAAGAUUGGGUCGAAGAACUGAAGACUCGAGAGGUCCUAAAACAUUCGGCAAAGCGUAUGAAAAUUUCCCCGCGAAAAUUUAAGUUUGUUGGAUCUCCCAAAAAACCGCUGGAGAAAAAGCUCCGCACGUCGCGCUCAAAUGCGGCAAAAGCCCAGAAUGUUGAUGUUGAAGAGAAGUGGCUCGACUACUUUAAGGAGUCAGACAAUAAGCGCCUGGAGUUCGAAAAAUCAAAAGCCGCUGAAGAAACGGCCGCUAAAAUGAAACUGGCCGAAGAUGCUAAAGAAGUGCGCUUAAAGGAACUAGAAGUGGAGAAAUUACGUCUUCAGGUCGAACUGAAAAAAUUUGAAAACGAAAAAAAUCAGGAAAAAUAUUAUGGCUUGUAG